AUGGGUUCUCAACUUGACUCAGAUGAGUCUAAUGUUGAUAUGGAGGAUUACGACGACCACCUUGAAGGAGAUCUAGAGGCGGAAUUGGAGGAAGCCCUUUACGCAUCAGACGAUGAAGACGACACAAAUGAUGAAGUAAGCCAGGUUGGAGAUGACGACUUUUAUACACAAGAACAAGAAAACGAGGGACAAUUACCCGACGAGGUCGAAUAUCAUGGAGAGCUUGAGGAGAAGGAGGAAGACUCGCUUGCACAACUCGCCGCGUUGGAAGAAGAAGCCCGAAAAACAGCACUGGACGACGAGAAACACGAAUCUGAGCUCCUGAAUUUGCUAUCCCAAGGACCUCAAGAGCCAGGUCCAGAAGACACAGAACAAAUCCAUGACCAAAUCCUCCUUUAUAAUCCCGAAAGAACCCCAUCAAUGCCUCGCAUCAAGGAACUCGAGGAGGAAGUUGCAGAUCUAUACUACCAAAUCGAAGGCUCAGGCGGAUUCAAGGAGCAAAUCGGCAAUCUUGAAAGUACAAUCCACCGCGAAGAAUUGAUACAACUACGAACGCAAUUGGAAAUGGUGAUUAGAGAAAAGGAAAAUCUGGAAAAAGAACUCGAGAUUGCUCAAGCGAAUGAGUCCGAAAGUCAUCAAAUUGGGUACGCUUUGCGGUCUGAUGGAACGUAUGAUUUUGACUUCUUUAGCACUCCCCUUCACGCUGCCGACCCCCAUUCCGAGGACCCAGAAAAUCCGAAUGUUUUUCUUGUAAGUCCACGAACUUUACACUCGAAGGUUGGACAGGAGGAUGAAUUGAGAGAUAUGAAGGAGAAAUACGACAACUUAGAGCAGAGGUAUAAUGAUCUGGUUGCAGGAGGAUAUAGCUCGUCAUUGGAAAUAACGAAAUUCGAUGAUUUAGAGACGAAAGUAAAGGAACAGCAAGAAGAAAUUAGCGUCUUUGCCAGGCAAAUUACGGAGUCAGAAGCUGAACGAAUGUCUCUUUUGGGGAAAGCAAAAGCAGAUUCAGAGCAGCUUGUUGCAUUGCAACAAAGACUGGAAGAAGAAGCAGAAAGGGAUAACGAACAAGCUCAAGGAUAUGCACACGAUAUCUUGACAAAAGAUGCAGAGAUCAAUAGGCUCUCUGACCACAUAACCGAACUGAACUCUCAACAUGAAUUACUGGUUCUGUCCCAACAAGAGUUGCUAGCAGCACAGAGCCAGUCUCAAGAUACAACAAAAGAAAAAGACAGUCAAAUUGAGGAGCUCAAAUCCAUCAUCAAGACGCAAGAACUUACAAUCCAAGACCUGACAUCGAGCCUCGAAGCCCAAUUCAGCUCUCUAACCGCCUCACAAAACGAAGUACUAUCCCUCCGCGAAAAGAUCUCAAACAUCAAACCCGAGAGGGACAUUUCACUCCAAAUCUCGCCCAAAACCGUGCCCGAAGCACAAUCCCUACAUAUCCAACUCCUAGAAAAGGAACAAGAAAUCGCCAAUCUUCAAGAAGUGAAGUCCUCCUAUUCAUCGCUUCGAGAAGUCUACCACCGCGAUAUCUCUCACCUACAAUCCAAAAUCGAAGAACAAAAACAGCAAGGAAAGACACUCGUAAACGAGCUACAACGUCGCCUCUCUGAGAGCAGGCGCGGCCGAAUUAACCUUCAAGAUAAAGUCAUCUCUCUGGGUGGCGAUAUAGAUAAUGCACUGCUCGGUACGCCUGCUGAGCGAGAUGAUCCCAUGGACAUCGUCAAGUCCGAGCUCCCCGCAACGCAACAAGAACUAAGGCAAAAAGAUGAAGAAAUCCAAAAGAUCAGGAAGGAGAAUGAAGGAUUAGUUGGUACGAUCGCUGGUUUGAAUAAAGUUCUCAAGGAAACCAUAAAAGAGAAAGAUGCAUCAGUUGAGAAGUUAACAGGGUUAAUUAAGAGGUUCGAUGAUAUCGUGGAGGAAGAUUUAGCUCGAAGGGAGAAAUCUGUGGAUCAAGAGAAGGCCUUUGACCUUCAACUUGUGAAACAGAGAGACGAUAAGAAACAGUUACAAAAAUCAGUAGACAAGGCCGAGAAAGCCAUAGAAAAACUUGAGGAGGAGAAGAAGAAAGCCGUCGAAAAAGCAGAAUCUCACAGCGCCAAAUCUUCAGAAGCCGAACAGAUUCAGAAGAGAAACUCAGAACUAGAAGCUCAAAAUAACUCCCUGUUACAGCAAAUGGCACUUCGAGCAUCAGCAAUACAAACGGCUAUCCUACCACGAACACCUAUCCUCCCACCCACACCUAUCCUCCCACCCACACCUAUCCUACCACAGACGCCUAUUCUCCCACCAGCGCCUAUCCUACCUCCAAAGCCACAGCGAAAGCAACCAGCACCCCAACCAAAACAAAAAGCUCCACGCAAACCGAAAAAAGUAAGACCGCCACCCUCACCAAAACCAAAACCAAAACAUCCGGCCCAACGACCUGAGCCAGGGCCCACAUCUCCACCUCUGAAAAGAAGUACCAGAGCAACGAGAAACCCACAACCAGUAUACACAUAUCCCGCCGUCUUAACAGGGAGGGUUACGAAGAAAAUCGGGAAAAUUGAUUUGAAGGGUAAAGCGAGGGUAGAAGCGAUACAAGAAAGCCCUUUAGAGCCUGAGUUUGAACGGGAUCCGGAUUGGAGGGAGAAGACGGUAGGGGUUUGGGAACUUGAUGAUGAGGAAGAGGAAGAGGGGUGA